ACUACUUCCACUCGAGCAGCGCUUGACACUAGUGGCAUGCUAUGCCCUUGUUAGCCACGCCACUAACCUAAGUGUCUCAUAUGGAAAAAUGAAUUGAAAUUGAUAUCAGAAAGAGAUCUGAUAGACACCCAUAUUUGCCAUUAGUUGCUAAUAGCAGGAUGUUACGAGCCGGAAGUACAGUUACCUGCAUUGCCUGCAAGAAUCUGCUUCCCUCCAGAAUGGGGGUGAAGUUCAGAGUUCCGUUGCAGAAACUGCACCUGCUUUCCCGUGCCAUCCAUCACCGCUACUCUUCUAACAACAAUCAACAGAGACCACCUCACUGCUCGGCUGCCCGCCAUUACACAUCUCUCUCCAGGCUCCCCAUGCGUCCUCACAAAUCCCGGUCAGGAGGCCACGGCUAUCAACAGCACCGGUCCUUCUGGGUGGCCCGUCUUGCUGCCAGACUGCUGAAACUGAGGUACAUCCUGCUGGGCUCAGCAGUUGGAGGCGGAUAUACAGCAAAAAAGACUUAUGAUGAAUGGAAGGAUAUGUUUCCUGAUAUGAGCCAAUACACAUGGAUUGUGCCAGAUUUUGUUUGGGAGCUGAGUGAAAAUAUCGAUUUAGACAAACUAGCCAGUGCUUUGCCUCAACUAAAAGAGAUAGCCAAACUACUACCUGAUAUGCAAAAGAUCGGAGAGAACUUCACCUUCCUGAAGAGCCUCCUCUCUACUGGUUUGGGUAGUGAAGUCAAUGGAGCAUCUGGUCUGCAUCUGUUAUUAGAAAGCACAGGUGAAUCUACCCUGAGAGUGGCUGAUGUCCCACCAACAUCUGCAGCUAGGUCUGACAGCAGCGACAAACAGUUUAAGAAGCAGGGGCUGCUCAGCGAGCUCGUUCUCAUACAGCAGCAGAUCCAGCAACAUGAGGAGGAGAUGCGGCGGGCGGCAGCUGAUAAUGCUCCGCCUCCGCCACGUGAACCCAGUCCCACCCCGGCCCCGAACCCCAGCCCCUCACAGUCAGAACGCAAGUCAUCUGAUAAAGAAAAAAUUGACCAGCUUCAGGAAGAACUUCUUCGAACUCAGUUGAAGUACCAGCGGAUGCUGGAGCGUCUGGAAAAGGAGAAUAAAGAACUGAGGAAAGUCGUAUUGCAGAAAGAUGACAAGGGUAUUCACCAAAGAAAUGUGAAGAAGUCUUUGAUUGAUAUGUACUCUGAGGUCCUGGACAUUCUAUCAUAUUAUGACUCCAACUACAAUACUCAAGAUCAUCUGCCAAGGGUGGUGGUCGUUGGAGACCAGAGUGCAGGAAAGACCAGUGUGUUGGAGAUGAUAGCUCAAGCUAGGAUCUUUCCUAGAGGCUCUGGAGAAAUGAUGACCAGAUCUCCUGUCAAGGUGACAUUGAGUGAAGGCCCUCACCAUGUAGCAAUGUUUAAAGAUAGCACUCGUGAGUUUGACCUCGGGAAAGAGGAGGAUCUUGCAGCAUUGAGGCAUGAGAUUGAACUCAGGAUGAGGAAGAGUGUGAAGGAAGGUCAGACAGUCAGUCCUGAGACCAUCUCUUUGAGUGUAAAGGGUCCAGGGAUCCAGAGAAUGGUCCUUGUUGACUUGCCGGGGGUCAUCAGUACUGUGACAUCCGGCAUGGCUGCUGACACAAAAGAAACCAUUUUUGGCAUUAGUAAAGCCUACAUGCAGAAUCCAAAUGCCAUCAUCCUCUGUAUUCAGGAUGGCUCCGUAGAUGCAGAGCGUAGUAUAGUCACUGAUCUGGUCAGUCAGAUGGACCCUCAGGGCAAAAGGACCAUCUUUGUUCUUACAAAGGUUGACCUGGCAGAAAAGAACCUAGCUAGUCCAAGCAGAAUCCAGCAAAUAGUUGAAGGCAAAUUAUUCCCAAUGAAGGCUUUGGGCUACUUUGCUGUAGUAACUGGAAAAGGCAGUUCUAAUGAGAGCAUAGACUCCAUCAAAGACUACGAAGAGGACUUCUUUCAGAACUCAAGACUGCUGAGGGAUGGUAUGUUGAAAGCUCAUCAGGUGACCACGAAGAACCUCAGUCUUGCAGUGUCAGACUGCUUCUGGAAAAUGGUCAGGGAGUCAGUGGAACAACAGGCAGAUGCCUUUAAAGCAUCCCGAUUUAACCUGGAGACUGAGUGGAAGAACAACUAUCCUCGCUUACGAGAGCUGGACCGGAACGAGCUGUAUGAGAAGGCCAAAAAUGAGAUUUUGGAUGAAGUGAUCAGCUUGAGUCAAGUUACACCAAAACACUGGGAGUCUAUCUUACAGAAGAAGCUCUGGGAAAGAGUCUCGACUCAUGUUAUUGAGAACAUCUACCUGCCUGCUGCCCAGACCAUGAACUCAGGCACUUUCAACACCACUGUAGACAUCAAACUCAAGCAAUGGACUGAUAAACAACUUCCUCAUAAAGCACUGGAGGUUGCUUGGGAGACAUUGCAGGAGGAGUUUGCCCGCUUCAUGGCAGAAUACAAAGGGAAAGACCAGGAUGACAUCUUUGAUAAACUUAAAGAAGCUGUCAAGGAUGAGAGCAUCAAACGACACAAAUGGAAUGAAAGAGCCAUGGACAGCUUGAGAGUGAUUCAGCACAACGCUCUGGAGGAUCGUUCUAUCACAGACAAGCCCCAGUGGGAUGCCGCUAUUCAGUUCAUGGAGGAAACGCUACAGUCUCGCCUUAAAGACACUGACUCAAUAAUAUCAGAUAUGGUGGGGCCAGACUGGAAGCAGAGGUGGUUGAGCUGGACAAAUCGAACACCGGAGCAGCACAUACGUAAUGAGACCAAAAACGAGUUGGAGCGUCUGUUGAAGCUGCAUGAGGAUCACACAGCCUACCUGGCCAAUGAUGAGGUCACUACAGUGCGCAAAAACCUGGAGGCCCGCGGAGUGGAAGUGGACCCUGUACUGAUCAAGGACACGUGGCACCAAUUGUUUCGACGUCAUUUCCUGCAGAAGGCGUUACUGCAUUGUAACCUCUGCCGGCGAGGUUUCUACUACUACCAGAGGCACUUUGUAGACUCUGAGCUUGAGUGCAAUGAUGUGGUUCUAUUCUGGAGGAUUCAGAGGAUGCUGGCUAUCACAGCCAAUACUCUUAGACAGCAGCUCACUAAUACAGAGGUGCGGCGCUUGGAGAAGAACGUUAAAGAAGUAUUAGAGGACUUUGGAGAAGAUACUGAGAAGAAAGCCCAGCUGAUCACAGGCAGGAGGGUUCAGUUGGCAGAAGACCUCAAAAAAGUACGUGAAAUUCAGGAGAAACUUGAAGCUUUCAUUGAAGCUCUUCACAAAGAGAAAUAGAGCAGAUCAUCUUGUUUCUGGACCGUCAUGCCCUUACAGAGAAAUGCACUGAUUAAAUACAACUUCAUUUUUUGCUCUU